CGUAGUGGUAUUGUUGAUGACAGGCUGACUCGAUAGCUCGAAAGCGGAGCAGACUGACUUGCUCCUUCUAACCUUUUACUAACGGCUUUAAUUUAAGUCGGCGGGUUUGUCUGCUGUUGCCAUCCCUUCCUUUUUUCAACAUGCUACAAUUCCUGGCUGGCUUCACCCUGGGAAAUGUGGUGGGGAUGUACCUGGCCCAAAACUAUGACGUUCCAAACAUAGCCAAGAAAAUCGACGCCUUUAAGAAAGAUGUGGAGGCCAAAAAGAAGCCACCAGAGUGACCGAAGUGGGACCAUGUCAAAGAAAGAACAGAUGGAUUCUGGAGAGAAACUAUUUAUUUUACAGGGUUAUUGUGUAAAAAGUUAAUAUUUGAUAUUAAAAAUAAGAUUGAUAAUGUAAAAUAUGCAUGAGAAUAUGAACAGUGCCUGGAGCUGCAUUUGUUCCCUCCUUUAUUGUUGGGGGCACGUUCUAUUGUAGCCUAUUUUUAUAAGAUAAAUAUUGCAAAGACUGGAUUUAAAGAGUGUUACGACAAACAAGAGGGGUCACUUCAAUUCCAGUGACAUGGCACUAUUGGCCGGCCUUUUCUGGAAUGCACUGUUGUGUUAUAACUUUAAUAAGUUCAUGAUGUAUAAACGUCUGCAAAGUUAGAAUUGCUAGAACAAGUUGAGAGAUUUUUCCUUUAUAAGCUUUUAAAUUACCAGAAUCAACUGCCAAACUUUUUAUGACAAGUAUAAACACAGUUCUUCAGCCUACAAUAAAGUUGCUGUCAAUGAA